AGCUGGGAGGAAGGAAAGAGCGGAGCAGCUGACACCGAUAAUGCUGGCAGGAGAAGCAUGCAGACCUUGGCUCUCCCUACAUUCUCUUCCUCUAGUCUGGACUCCCCAGGACACAGUUGUUCUCCAAGGGAGCAGCCAGGAGGAGAAGGCAAGAAGUCACCCUUGAACUAAUGGAAGCCAUGUUACAGGACUCAGUGACAUUCAAAGAUGUUGCGGUAGACUUCUCCCAGGAGGAAUGGGAGCGGCUGAAUCCUGCUCAGAGGAGUUUGUACAGGACUGUGGUGCUGGAGAACUACUGGAACUUGGUCUCAGUGGGAGCUUGCGUUUCCAAGUCACAUCUGAUCUCGUUACUAGAGCACGGGAAGGCGCCUUGGGACAUGAGGGGUGAGGUGACAGAAAGCACAUCACAAGAUGGAGAAUCUGUACACAAGACACAAGAAUUAUCUCUGAAACAUUUUGUGUCUGAUAAUGUGUCAGUGGAGAAAAUGACAAGUUUUGGUUAUGAGUGCCCCACUUCUGGAAAAAGGUGGAAAUGUAAAGACCUUUUUGAAAGACAAAUGAUGAAUCAAAGCAUGCUAUUUCACAUGAAAGAAAGAGUCACUCAUAAAGAAACUCACACUAAAGAAAUAGGCUAUAAAUACUCCAAAUCUUCAAAAUUGCUCCUUUUGGACAAUGCAGAAGAGACUAUUUAUAGUCACAGGUCAAAUAAGAAAAGCUUCUCCAGAAAUCCCAAGGCACGAAGAUAUAAGAAAAUCUGGGCAGGAAAGAACAUUUUUAAAUGUAACGAAUGUGAGAAAACCUUUACCCACAGCUCAUCUGUUGCUGUUCACCAGAGAAUUCACACGGGUGAAAAACCAUAUAAAUGCACAGUGUGUGGAAAAGCCUUCAAACAGAGUCAUCACCUGGCCCAACAUCACACGACUCACACCCGAGAGAAACUCUUCGAGUGUAAGGAGUGCAAGAAAGCCUUCAGCCAGAAUUCAUACCUCAUUGUACAUCAGAGGAUCCAUACCGGAGAAAAACCGUAUAAGUGUAAGGAAUGUGCAAAAUCCUUCAGGCAGCCUGCACAUCUGGCUCAGCACCAGAGGAUUCACACGGGGGAGAAACCCUACAAGUGCAAGGAAUGUGGGAAGGCCUUCCGGGACAGCUCUACCUUCUCUCAGCAUCAGAGGUGUCACAGCGACAAACGACCCUUUCGGUGUGUUGAGUGUGGCCAAGCCUUCAGGUAUAACAUGUCGCUAACUCGUCACUUUCGGCAUCACCACGCCGGGGAGAAGCCAUUUGAUUGCGCUGACUGUGGGAAAGUCUUCAGUAUGCACACAGGACUGACCCUGCACAGGAGAAUUCACACCGGAGAGAAGCCUUACAAAUGUGACGUCUGUGGAAAGGCUUUCCGCAGUGGGUCAUCGCUGACCGUACACCACAGAACCCACACAGGAGAGAAGCCUUACAAAUGUGACGUCUGUGGGAAAGCCUUCAGCCACAGCAUGUCACUCACUGGCCAUCAAAGAGUACAUUCUGGAGAGAAACCUUACGAAUGUAGGGAGUGUGGCAAAACUUUCCGGCAGAGUAUCCAUCUUGUUGUUCAUUCAAGAAUUCACACUGGAGAAAAACCCUACAAAUGCAAGGAAUGCGGGAAAGCUUUCAGAGAAAGUUCACAGCUGAGCACUCAUCAGGGAAGUCACACAGAAGAAACACCUUUUGAAUGUAAGCAGUGUGGUAAGUUUUUCAAAAGAAGUACCUAUCUCGCCAGACAUCAGAAAGUCCACACAGGAGAGAAACCUUAUGAGUGUAACGAGUGUGGGAAAGCCUUCAGUUAUACUGCCUACCUUGUAAGACAUAAGAGAGUCCAUACUGGGGAGAAACCUUACAAAUGUACCGAGUGUGGAAAGGCAUUUGGCGAUGGCUCCUCCCGUGCUCAGCAUCAGAGACUUCACACGGGUCACAGGCCCUGCGUAUUCGACAAAUGUGGAAAGGCAUUCAGAACAAAGUCAUCCCUUGACUGUCACCAAAGAUGCCAUACUGGAAAGAAGCCUUAAAACGGUGUCCCCUCUGGCAAAUCCUUUAGCCACUGACAAACUGUUGCCAUUCUUUAGAGGAUUUAACUUCCAAGCAGAUUGUUCAUUCUAUGGGGAAGGAUUCACACACGUGAGAGAGCUCUUAGGAAUGCAAGGACCGUGGCGAAGUCUUCAGGCAGUGUUCUUAAAAUGUCCAUCAUGGGUGAGUUCUUGAUGCUGAGUCAUUUCAGGCAUCCCUUUGUGUCACCAACUCCUGUGUAUACACCUGCUAAGUGUUUCCAUUUAUUUUUGUUCCGGUUACCAUGCUCCGAAACACAAUUGUGUCACUUGGACUUCUCCAAAUGUCUGUAAUUGCUGUUGUUUCCUUCAAGUUUAUCAUUCAUUUUACAAUCAGAAUCUUUUAAAAACAUAAAUGUUAUUUAUGUAAUUCUUCUAAAAACUCACUGUAUAAUGUCUAUUUAGUGGAGAUGAGAUGCUUAGCAACAUGGUUGACUACAUUAAGUUUGAAUGGAGAACAUCCUUCCAAUGAUUACGACACACAUAAGCAGAGAACACAGAGGCCACACCCAAAAGGAACAUGGAGGGACAUUUGUGAGCUAAUGCCUUUAUUGGGACCGAGGGCCCAGAUGGAAACAAGCAGGUAUGAGUUCUGGGAGAGCAUGUCAUGUAGGAAGUCAUCAUUGUGGCACAUGUGUCCAGGCCAUCGGCAGCAGCUCAUUUAAAGAAGUGGUGGGGGCAGGGAGCUCAGUUUGACAGGAGAAAUGCUUCUAAGUUCUUACUCUUGGCACCAGCUUGAGUCGUUUGUGGACCGUGUCCUGCUAGAAAGUGUCAAGGGUGACCGACCUAUGUCUCCAUCAUGGGGAAGUUCAUUAGAUAGACAGCAGGAAAACAUACAGUUAUAGGACGUCACUACACCGACCCAUGGACAGUGCUUAGAAAACGUGUUAGAUCAGCAAUACUAUUUCUAAACUAUGAACUCUGGAGUUGGGAAUAUGACUUAGAUGAUCAGAACUGUUUAGAUACUGGAAGUAUCUUCAGGUAGAUGACAAUUAGCAUGUGUAUUAUGCUUAAAGUUUAAUAACAUAGAAACUUUCUAAUGUGUAAAGAAAUUAAAUAUGGUCUGACAUGUAGAACCUGUUUUGGGAAGGGCCUAGAACUUUAAAUAAGACUGGAACAAAAGGAUUAGAAUUUGUCUGGAGAAAUAUGUGCAAACAAGAGAAAGAAAGGAUGGCUUUCUGAUGCUUAUUAUCAAGCCUGUGGCAGGUCAUUCUAGCUGAAACAGUGAACUCCAGGUUCACCAUGAGAUCCUACCUCAAAACGUAAAGUGGAAGGUGAUGGACCCACGUCCACUUCUGCCCUCCACAGUGCACACAUGGGCAGUCACACCCACAAACGCGCACAUGUGAAGACACAUUCAAAUCAGUAAACAACAAAUAAAAUUUAAAGUGGGGGCUGUGGCUGGGCUUGGUGGCACACACAUCUAAUUCCAGCACUCUGGAGGCAGAGGUGGGUGGAUCUCUGAGUUUGAGACUAGCCCAGUCUACAGGGCAGCCAGGGUCAUAUAGUGAAGCCUUGUAUAGCAACAACAAGAAAAGAUCACAACCAGGGGCUGGAGAGAUGGCUCAGAGGUUAAGAGCACUGGCUGUUCUUCCAGAGGUCCUGAGUUCAAUUCCCGGGGACCACAUGGUGGCUCAAAACCAUGUAUAAUGAGAUCUGCUGUCCUCUUCUGGUGUGCAUAGAUACAUGCAGGCAGAACACUGGAUACAUAAUCAAUAAAUCUUAAAAAAAGAAGAAGAUCAUAGCCAAGCUGAACACCUACUGUAGCAGAAAGGAAAACAGGGAGCCCAAGCUUCCACUGUGGUUGUUCUAGAGGACGAGGGGUGAUUUCUGGGCAGCCCGUCUCAUGGUAGGUUCUGGUGGACGGUAUGCCUGCCUUUCCUUGGUUAUCAUCAAGUCCCCCCACACCCUGCAUAAUAUAUUUAAGUCUGCAAUUGUUUUUCCCAGAGGCUUUUGCCAACUGGUUUCUUUACGGGAAACAACAACAAAGAUUGGAGUCUGACAGUUGGGGGAAAACAGGGCACUUUUUCCUGACUCUUCUGCUUUGGGUGCUGCUGCUGCCGCCAGUGGUCUCCUCCAAAUCCUUGCCCAUUCUCUGAGUUGUUAGGGCUCCGGCUUCCAUCAGGGCAGCCUGGGAGUUUAGCUCCUAUAGAGGGUGUGGCUCUUGGAUCAUGGUAAUAGUUCUAUGGUUCUGAGUCUGUGGUUCUCAACCUCUUUUGGUUGCAAGCCCUCUGGGGGUUGAGCAGCAUUUUCACAGGGUCGCAUAUCAGACAUUUACAUUAUGAUUCACAAGUAGAAAAAUUACAGUUAUGAAGUAACAAUGAAAGUAAUUUCAUGGUCUGGGGUCACCACUACAUGAGGAACUGUAUUAAAGGGUCACAGCAUUAGGAAAGUUGAGAACCUCUGUACUAAUUCUACAGAGUUGGCUCCAAUUUUUGUUUGGCUUAUUAACUGUGGUAAAUUACAUAAGUUGAUUUUUGAAUGUUGAACUAGCUUUGCAUUCCUGAAUGGACGCCAGGUGGUCUUGAAGUGUCCAAAUUGAGCAUCCUUAAUCUGAAUAUUUGGGAUCCAAAAUGCUCCAAAGUCUGAGACUUUCUGAGUGCUUCUAUGACGUCAAAAGUGGCCAAUUCUACUCCUGAUCCCAUGUAACAGGUUGUACUAAAAAAAAAAAAAUAAGAAAACUAAAAGAUUGUUAUCAAAUUACUAGGGCUGGGGAGAGGACUCAGUGGUUAAGAGCACUUGCUGCUUUUGCCGAGGACUUGGAUUUGGUUCUCACAACUGCCUGUAACUCCGGUUACAGGGGAUCCUAUGCUCCUCUCUCGCUGCCAUAGGUACUAUAUGCACCCAAGGCAUGUAAGCACACGAAGGCAAAACACUCAUGCACAUAAAAUACAAAUAAAUUUUUCAGGUGACACAAUGCUACGAGAUUGUUUUCGUUAAAAGAAGUUUUGUGUACAAUUAUCUCUAGGUUAUAGGAGAUGUUUGCGAAGCCUAAAUGGAUUUUAUAUUUAGACUUUGGUUUUGGCCCUGAAAUAUUUCGUCAUGGUAUGCACAUAUUCCUAAAUCAGAAAAAGUAAUGUAACACUUUUGGUCUGAAGCAUUUUGGAUAAUGAAUAUUCUGCUCGCCAGGGAGUGUGUGGCACAGACCUUUAAACCCAGAACUAAGGAGGCAGAGGCAGGCGGAUUUCUGAGAACAGCCUGGUCUACAGAGCAAGUUCCAGCACAGCCAGGGCUACACAGAGAAACCCUGUCUCGAGCAACCAAACAAGAAAACAAUAGCAUUCUGCUUACUCUGAAAUGCAUUGCUUGUGUCUGUUAGGUAGUUUAAAUGAAGGAUCAUCACAUCUAUGUUCAUGAGAGACACUAGUCUGCAAUUUUCCAAGGCUGCAUGGCUGGUCCAUUUCUUAAGCAAGCUUGGUAAUUUGUAAGUUCUUUUAAGAACUAGGUUUGUUUGUGUACCUCUCAGUGGGUAUGACAUUGCCCGCAGUGCUUGCUUGGUUAUCUCCUAAUGGGACUGGUGAUGUAACUCAGUGGUAGCACACUUGCCUAGCCUAUGUCAGGCUCUGGAAUUGGACCCUAGGACAAAACCAAAAUGAACAAAAUAAAACAAUGAAUACAUUGCCAGGUUCCAUAGCAAAAGCAAUCCAAGCCAGCCCCCGCCCAAAUGCCUCUAAGAAAAGUAUUGAUGUCUGUAUUUUAUUAAUAUGUUCCCAUUUCCUUUUUAAAAAUGUUAGACUGAGUCUCACUGUGUAGUCCUGGUUGGCCUAUGACUUGCUGCGAAGACCAGGCUGCUCUUGAACUCACAGAGGUCUGCCUGCUUCUGCCUUCCCAUUGCUAUUAAGGACAUGUGACCCUACAUCUGCCC